UCUUCUAAGCCCUGGGGGCCAGCCCGGGCCCCAGCCCCGGCCCCAGCCCCGCGCGGCCGCCCGCCAAGCCGCCCGAGGACGAGCCGGACGCCGACGGCUACGAGUCCGACGACUGCACCACCCUGGGCACACUGGACUUCAGCCUGCUCUACGAUCAGGAGAACAACGCCCUCCACUGCACCAUCAGCAAGGCCAAGGGCCUGAAGCCGAUGGACCACAACGGGCUGGCAGACCCGUACAUCAAGCUGCAUCUGCUGCCAGGAGCCAGUAAGGCAAAUAAGCUCAGAACGAAAACUCUCCGGAACACUCUGAACCCCACGUGGAACGAGACCCUAACUUACUACGGGAUCACGGACGAAGACAUGAUCCGAAAGACCCUGCGCAUUUCCGUGUGCGAUGAGGACAAGUUCCGCCACAACGAGUUCAUCGGGGAGACGCGUGUGCCCCUGAAGAAGCUGAAACCCAACCACACCAAGACGUUCAGCAUCUGCCUGGAGAAGCAGCUGCCGGUGGACAAGACGGAAGACAAGUCCCUGGAGGAGCGGGGCCGCAUCCUCAUCUCCCUCAAGUACAGCUCGCAGAAGCAGGGCCUGCUGGUCGGCAUCGUGCGCUGCGCACACCUGGCCGCCAUGGAUGCCAACGGCUACUCGGACCCCUACGUGAAAACAUACCUGAAGCCGGAUGUGGACAAGAAAUCCAAACACAAGACGGCGGUGAAGAAGAAGACCCUGAACCCGGAGUUCAACGAGGAGUUCUGUUACGAGAUUAAGCACGGGGACCUGGCCAAGAAGACCCUGGAAGUCACCGUUUGGGAUUACGACAUUGGAAAAUCCAACGAUUUCAUUGGCGGCGUGGUUCUGGGCAUCAACGCCAAGGGCGAGCGCCUGAAGCACUGGUUUGACUGUCUGAAGAACAAGGACAAGCGCAUCGAGCGCUGGCACACGCUCACCAAUGAGCUCCCGGGGGCCGUGCUCAGCGACUGACCGGCCCACCUGCCGCCGUGCCCGCCCCCGCCCUCCGCUGGCCCAGCACGGGCCUGGCCCUGGGCUUCCUCAGCUGCCACCAAGGGCCUUUGCCCCCAUGUUGGGGGAGAUCCAGGACACCUGCUUGGACACAGAGCCACUGUAGCCCCUGCUUGGAGGCCGCGGAGGGCCCAGCCACUCUGAAGGACAAUGAGAGCAGAGAGCCGGGCCUGCUUUCAGCCCCCGGGGCCGAGAGGGCCGGAGGUGGGAGGAGAGAACCAGGCCCUCACCCACCUGGGGAAGGGAAUGGGACCAUCAGGGUCGAGGACCUGCUAGAGGUCAGCAGUAAGUCACCGGGGACCCCAGGCUGAGAGCACAGGAGUGCAGGUGGGCCCUGGCAGGCUGUGAGAACUCCUGAGAGGGACAGUAGGGAGGGGCAUAGGGGGAGGAGAUUGCGGACAGGGCAGGGCAGGACUCUGAAGAAAAUUUAUUCCCAAAAGGAGGUUCUGACUUCCUCAUCCCUUCAUCUCUGGCAUUACUGGGCAGGCGGAAAAAAGUUGACACAAGAGCCAGGAGAUUGGUGAACUUCCUAG